CCUCACUCUUCAGAUAGACCAAGGAUAUCUCGGAGAGAGGAAGCACUGGAGAGUGGAGACCUGCUCGACGCGAUAUUUUACUGCGAAUGCACGUAUUUAACUAAAUUAGUGCUUUUAUUUUUAUUUGUUUUCAUCGAAGAAGGAGGAGGACGUUUAUCAUGGCAGCAGUGGCUGUACUGCGGAAUGAAACACUCCAAGCUUUUCUUCAGGAUCGCACUCCAAACUCUUCUCCAGAGAACUGUAAGCACUCUCCGCUGGCUCUGCUGGCUGCCACUUGUAACCGGAUCGGGCAUCACCACGGAUCAAACCACACAGAUUUCCUCCAGGUCCCUUACGACCCAACUCUGGGCUCCCCUUCGCGUUUAUUUCACCCGUGGACUAACGAGGGAACCCCUCAGAGCAGCCUGGCCAGCAACUCUACUUUCGGACUAUCCUCCAAACCCCAGCUGUCUGCGCACAUCCAGAGCUCCUUCACCUCGCACCACGAACUGCCCCUCACUCCUCCGGCGGACCCCUCGUACCCCUAUGACUUCUCCCCUGUGAAGAUGUUACCUUGCUCCAUGCAGUCUCUGCAGUCUUCCUGCCCUCCCACCUACGUUCCCGCCGUCAGUUACGCAGCCCCGACUCCCAUUCCGCCUGCAAUGCCAAGUUUUGUCACGGGACCCUCCGGCCUUGUGCAUCAGCAGCAGAGACAGUUAUCCCCAAACCCUGGAGAGGAUAUUCCGUGGUGGAGCCUCCAGCAGGGGAACCAUGUCAGUCACUCAGCCUCUCUUGGUCCCCAUCGCUUCCAGCUGCAGAGGGGCUUGGUUCUGGGACAUACGGACUUUGCGCAAUAUCAGACGCAAAUCGCGGCUCUGCUGCACACAAAGUCCCCUCUCGCAACUGCGCGGCGGUGCAGAAGGUGCAGGUGUCCCAACUGCCAGUCCUCCACGUCCAGCGACGAGCCUGGGAAGAAGAAACAACACAUUUGUCACAUACCGGGAUGCGGGAAAGUUUACGGGAAAACUUCUCACCUCAAGGCGCACCUGAGGUGGCACUCUGGAGAGCGGCCGUUUGUGUGCAACUGGCUGUUCUGUGGCAAGAGUUUCACCAGGUCGGAUGAGCUGCAGAGACACCUGAGGACUCACACGGGGGAAAAGCGCUUUGUUUGCCCGGACUGCUGCAAGAGGUUCAUGAGGAGUGACCACUUGGCAAAACAUGUCAAAACUCACCAGAACAAAAAAAGCAAGUGCCACGACAAGACACUUGACCAUGUCAAAAGGGAGGACACGAGGAAUAUGUUGUAACACACCUUGUAGUCAUUUAAAACAAGUAGAAAUCACUAGUGCAAUACAGUCAAUCUUACAUUAGCUAAGUACACAGUGAGCUGCAUUUUUUUUUUUAUAGGGUAUUUUGUUUAUUUUGUUGGUUGAUUUCUUACAUCCUGACAAUAGUCUCAAACAUUGCUGGUCUGUGUAGCACAUAUUUGUAUAUAAAGUUUCAUAAGUUAAUUUGGGACUAUGGAGAAGUUAUAGCUCAUGAGUUUGAAUUCACUGUCUAUAUCAUACCAAGUAAGACAAGUUUUCAACUUGUGUUUGAUCAUUGUCUUCGGUGGAAGAUUUCACUCCCCUGUAAAUUAUAUUUAAUAGCUUUUGUUGAAUGAAAGUGUCCGUUUUUUGCUCCAUAUGGGGUGUUUUUAAGCAUGCUCUUGAAAAGAUCUGCUAUUGUUGAUAUGACCCAAAUACUGUGUGAGAAUAAAGAUUAUAACAUUUUCCUCAA